AUGACUCAUGUGACGGCUCAAGCUAAUGAGGCUUUCCUGGUUAAUCAACAAGCUAAUCAGAAUCAAAAUGGGGAAGCUGAUGAGUAUCAAGGACUGGGAAAAUUCCAAAAGAAUAACCCUCUCACGUUUAUGGGAAGGCAUGAUCCUGACGCUGAUGUACCUAACCCUAAGGAGAUUGAAUUCUUAGAGUUAAAGCAAGGUAACAUGUAUAUCGUUGGCUAUGCCGCCAAAUUUGAGGAACUAUUUAGGUAUUAUCCUCAAUAUAAUGGUAUGGAUGCUGAAUGUUCCAAAUGUGUGAAGUUUGUAAAUGGUAUGCGCUCCGAGAUUAGAUUGUCGGAUUUUUUGGAUAAAUAUUUUCGAGCUGAUGUUCCUAACCCUAAGGAGAUUGAAUUCUUAGAGUUAAAGCAAGGUAACAUGUCUAUGGUUGACUAUGCAGCCAAAUUUGAGGAACUAUCUAGGUAUUGUCCUCAAUAUAAUAGUGUGGAUGUUGAAUGUUCCAAAUGUGUUAAGUUUGUAAAUGAUCCAAGUGGAAAAGAAAGUCAGAAAGUUGCAACCGAGUAUGAAAAUACUGGCGGAGGUGCUCAUAUUCCUUUGAGGCAUGGAAGUUUUAAUGAAGUAAAAUAA